GUUCUCUCUGUUAAAUUGUGGACUCGAGGAUGCCCGCCUUCGCUCCCAUGUACAGUAGCGAAGCACUUUGCUCGAGGAGACACCCUUGAACAAUAAGCUUUUGUUGCGGAGUUCGCGCCCGCUGCUUAAUCCAUCCUGUCAACUGCUGCGGCUGCGUUAUCGCGAACCGAGGCCAGACUUCCAUCAGGCUUCAAUUGGGUCACGAUCGGCGACUUCAUGCGAUUUUUACCCCUCUAACCGCCGCGUCGCUGUCGCUGCAAACACACCCAAACACGUCGCAAUCUCCACGUCGGCCACACUGCCACGUACUUCUAACCCUUUCACCAUGUCGCUACCCCCAGACACUAUCCAAGUCAAGCGGAAGCGCGGCGAGGACGAUGAGCCAGUUGACUUCCUUAGGGUCGAGGCAAACAAGCGUCAUCGAGGAGUUUCGGCGGGCGACAGCACUUGGGUAUACCAGCGCAAGCAGACAGUCGUGGAGCGAGCCGAUGUAGCCCAACCUGCCAUCCCAACAAUCAAGCCGACCCAAGAAGGAGACGAGGAUCGUCCUAUCAAAUCCUUGCGACGCGAAAGAGAUGCCCACAAGGGCUCCAGCGAAAGCUCCGGGAAUCUGGGGGUGCUUAGCACGGCGCUAAAUGACCAAAUCCGCCGCUUCCACUUGUUACGGGCCAGCUCGACGCUGCCAGCAAAUGGCAUCUCCAAGAAGCGCAGUGCCACCGCCGCUGUGUUCGUCGAGCGGGAAGCCAAGAAGCAGAAGGAUGAGAAGCAUAUGACUACAGAGGUUGUUGUCUCCCACCACCAGGCUCCCAAGCAAGAAGAGCCAAGUGACGAGGCCCACGACGAGGUUUUAGUCGCCCAGCCGCGGCAGACCCCUGCCAAGGGCCAACAGACGAGUAGCGUCAGUUAUAAACGUCCUGGGAAGCAUGCGCGAACCAAUGUGUUGGCGGGUGCUGCAAAACCAAGCCUCCCACCGUCUCUACUUAACCGUGAGGGCACCGACAUGGACCGGCUCGCUCGCGAAAUGGAUGCCUACACAAUCAGCCAGAUUAACAGAACUCUUAGUAGCAUGGAUCAAAGCAGUGUCUCGUCCGCCCUCAGCCCUAGUCCGGCGAGGAAGUCCAAGUUCCGGCCCAAGGCUCCCGCGCUCCGCUAUGCCGAGCGGCAUCCGGAGCAGGCGGCCAAGAUCGAAGAGGCGAAGGCCGCGGAGCAGCAGAUAUCAGAUGCCAUGCAUGUCGAUGCUGAUUCUGGCGCGGCCGACGACAACGACUACGUGACGGAGACGUACGAGCGCGUCCCCGCUAGCCGCCUCAAAGGCAAGACAGUCCCGCCCCACCGGGUCGGCCUACUUGUGUUCGAUACGGAGCCUGAUAGGAACGACUUCUUUUUCGGAAAUGAGGGAGACAGCGACGACGAGUUCCUCGAGGACGAUGAGGACGAGAAUGCCGAGAACUACUACACGACCGAGUAUCCCGACGAGGAUCUCGAUGGCGACGACCAGUUUGGACGCAGCCCGUAUAAGUUUGUCAACCGGAACGCGUCGGAUGUGGAGGAGUACGACGUGAACGACUUUGACGACGAAAGGUUUUGGGACAAGCGCGGUGAUGCAUGAGGGCCCGAAGGACUACCAUUUUGAGGCCGUGUUUUGGGGGCUGUGUCGUAUGGAUUUGAUUGGAGGAUGACUUGCGUUGAUUACCUUUUUGUUUUCUGUUGUAUACCAUGUCUGUCUGCCCUUGUCUUUGAUAGCUGAAGCGAGGACACGGCAUAUGUUCAAGUCUUGUCGAGUACCCUGUAACGCCUACCUGUACGGUUCGAUUGCAUGGUCAACCCCAUGAUAUUACAGCAGCGAUCAGCAGAUCAAACAGCAAUCGCCAAACUUAUUGCUAAACAAACAUUCGUCGUUGGCUCCGUGGUGACGGCAACUGUCGGUCAUCAAUCUAGUUGGUU